CUCCCAGCGCUUGAAGAUGCCUUUGGCCAUUUGUGGUUACCAUCGAUUAUAAUGCAGUGGUAUCUGGCAGCUCCACUACUAUUCCAACUGCAAAGAAUGGUUACCGAUAAGGAGAAGGCCUUCUUUGGAGGAGUAUCAUUGUUUUCUUUGUUGAUAUACCUGUACUCCAGGAAUAUGAUAGGAGCUUACUGGUUACAAGGUCGUCUUUGGCAAUUCUGUGCAGGUGUCAUUGCUGCAUUAUACCUGCCUAAAGAACAGUGUCUUGCACCCCCAGAGGAAGAAAUACUGCUAAAACAUGAUGAUAAGCUCGAGAGAGUCGGCCUACUCGACAACGGAGAUAGGCGCACAGAGCGAAGCGAAGGUACAAAUGUAGUAAUCCAGGUUGAUAACGAAACUGAAGCGAAAAACGCAGAAGCAAAAAUUCCCAGCUAA